UUAGAAUUCCAAUGUAAACACUAGAAUGAGCAGAAGAAUGAUGUUAACUAAGAGAGUUUUCUAAUAGAUCUCUUCAAUAAGGAUUAACCAAAAUUUUGAAGGCAUGGAUUGACUUGACUAGGGACGACUGGUGGCGCAAUUGAGGAUAGCUUACAAGGCACAGUUGCGAAAGAAAGUGCCUCACGAGGCAAGAAGCAAAAUCUAUCUCAUUCUCGUGGGAGCCGGCAAAGGUAUAUCCCAACAUUGAUCAAAGAAAAGUCCCACAAAGAACUACUGAUUCAUUACGUAACUUAGUCGCCUUAGUUCUCUUCUUCUGAUUCUAAAUGUGAAAUUGUGAAUCCCAACUUUGAUGCUUUUUAAAAAAUAAAAAUAAAAAUAAAAAGAACUCGAGAAAAAAGAAAUGGAGAGAAGAGUUGUGAGUCUUGUUUUUCAUCUAAAACAUCAAGCACUAGCAAUCCGAAAAGACUGUCCCUUACCUACAUCUCAUAAUCCACUUCUUCCUUAGCUUCCUUCCAUAUUCCUCCAUAGCCAUUGCCGUAGCAGACGCCUCUGUUUAUUUUGGUCACAAAGAUCCUCCUGUUUAUCUCUACCACUUCUGCUUAACCGAUAAAAAUUCACUCCCAAUAGUCCCUACCAUUCCAAUCUCAACUCUCUCCUUUCCUCCUUAUCUUCCCACGCCACCGGCGACACUGAAUUCUGCAACUCCCCUGUCACCAGAGGUGGGGGAAAUGCCAGCGAGGUCGUCUACAGCCUCUUUAUGUGCCGCGGCGACCUCACAAGUCGGAUGUGUAAAAAAUACCUCCAAUUGGCGAUCCAAAAAAUCGUUUAGUAUCACGAGUGCUUAGUUCGGUAUUCUAACCACUCCGUCUUUUCCACCUCGGAGGAAUGGCUGAGGUUUAAGGUCGUGAAUUAUAACACGAUUUCGAACUCGUCAGAGCAACGUAGUGCCGGGUGGGUACCGGCGAACACGCUGAACGAGGCGCUGGCGGAGGCGGUGGAUGGUGUGGCAGUCGGGGAAAAGAAAUUUACGACGAGGAUAGGGAAAUUGGGGAAUCAGAGGGUGUACAUUUUGGUUCAGUGUUAGCCGAAUCUGAGGAGCGGAGAUUGCAGGAGAUACCUGAUAGAUAUGAUGGGGGAUAUUCAGUUGUGUUGCCUUGGAAGAGACGGCAGAAUGGUUCUGUGUCCUAGCUGUAGUCUCAUGCUCUGUUCGCAACUCUUUUACAGAGAAGUUGAAGUUGUACCCGCGUGUCCGCCUGGGCGUGUCAAUCCUGAUUCUGUCCCCACAGACGGGGGCAAAGGAGACUUGGGCUCAGCACCCGCAAUUGGAACUGAAUGUACUACUUUGGAGUCUCUGCAAUUCGAUUUCGCUACAAUUGAAGCUGCAACAAACAGGCUUUCAGCUCAGAAUAGAAUAGGUCAAGGAGGAUUUGGAAAAAUUUACAAGGGUACUCUUUCUAAUGGACAAAAAAUAGCUAUGAAGAGACUUUCUGCAAGCUCCAAGCAAGGAACAGUGGAUUUUAAGUAGGAGAUUCUAUUAAUAGCUAACUUCAACAAAGAAAUCUAGUGACGUUGUUGGGAUUUUGCUUACGAGAGCAUGAAAAGAUACUUAUUUAUGAAUUCGUACCCGAUAAAAGCCUUGACUACUUUGGUAUGGCAUUUAUCCUUUGCUCUAAAGUUUUUAU